AUGGUCAGAGACUUUGACAUGGUAUCAGAGCAACCCAGCCCAAAGAACCCCUCCUCUUCGACGCGCCUUACUCCUCCUCCCCGCCGCCGGAAAAUCCUCCGGUUCGUCGUCGUCGUCCCCGCCGCGGCCCUCCUAGCCUUCGCCCUCGGCCUCCACGCCGGCUUCGCCCUCCACCCCAAAAACCUCCACGUGUUCGUCUCCCAAGCCGAGCUCAAACGCUUCAGCCUCGUCGGCAACAGGACAGUCCACUCCAAACUCGACGCUGCGAUCGUCUUCAGAAACCCUAACAAGUGGGCCCGCGUGCGCUACAAGCCGGUCCACGCGACGGGUUUCUACGAGAAAAGCACGUUCGGCUCGGUUAGGCUCGGUAAAUCCAAGCAAGCCCGCGACAGCAUCAAAACCUUUGACGUGGAGCUCGAAGGGGAAUCGGCUAUGCCGGUGAACUGGAGGGUGGGCGAGUUUUACGAGGCGAAGGAGAAGGGUUUCGCUGACGUGGAGGUUAGGGUUUACAGUAGGAUCAGGUAUAAGAUCGGGUGGUUGAAGACCAGGAAGAGGUCUUUGGUGGCUAUUUGUGGUCUUAAUGGGGUUGCUUUGGCUAGUAAUGAGAGUUUUGGUGGUGGAGGAGGUGGAUUUAGAGGGACUAGGUGUGAUGUUUAUUGAUUGAUUGUGAUGAUUAAUUAUAUGCUUAAUUGUUGUGUGAUGUUGUUGUGCUUCUAUUUUGUACUCUAUUAGGAGUAAAUACGGUACGUUGGGUGUAUGCGUCUAUGGUUGUGAUUUGUGGUUGUAAUGGUACGUUCUACGUAAUAGUG